AUGGUGAACUUCACUACCGAUGAGAUCCGAGCCCUUAUGGAUCGGAAGAAGAAUAUUCGUAACAUGUCUGUUAUUGCUCACGUCGAUCACGGGAAGUCGACCCUUACUGACUCACUCGUCUCAAAGGCCGGUAUUAUUGCCGGUGCUAAAGCUGGAGAGACUCGUUUUACUGACACCCGAAAAGAUGAGCAGGAGAGAUGUAUUACCAUUAAAUCUACUGCCAUUUCAAUGUUCUUCGAGCUUGAUGAAAAGGAUCUUAACUUUAUCAAGGGAGAGAAUCAGGUUGAAAUCACUGAGGUGGACGGCAAAAAAGGAAAAUUCAAUGGAUUCCUAAUUAAUUUGAUCGAUUCGCCUGGUCACGUGGACUUUUCCUCUGAAGUAACUGCUGCUCUCCGUGUGACUGAUGGAGCUCUUGUUGUAGUUGACUGUGUUUCUGGCGUCUGCGUCCAGACCGAGACUGUGCUCCGUCAAGCCAUUGCUGAGCGUAUAAAGCCUAUACUUUUUAUGAACAAGAUGGACCGUGCACUCCUGGAAUUGCAAUUAGGAGCUGAGGAAUUGUUUCAGACUUUCCAGCGCAUUGUAGAGAACAUUAAUGUCAUCAUUGCUACUUAUGGUGAUGAUGAAGGCCCGAUGGGCCCCAUUAUGGUUGAUCCGUCUGUAGGAAAUGUAGGGUUCGGUUCCGGUCUUCACGGAUGGGCCUUUACUCUAAAGCAGUUCGCUGAGAUGUACGCCGACAAAUUCGGAGUUCAGGUGGAUAAGUUGAUGAAGAACCUUUGGGGUGAUCGUUUCUUCGAUAUGAAAACGAAAAAGUGGAGCUCGACCCAAACUGAAGGCUCAAAGAGAGGAUUUAAUCAAUUUGUACUGGACCCUAUUUUCAAGGUCUUCGAUGCAAUUAUGAACGUGAAAAAAGAACAGGUCGAUGAUCUGGUUGUCAAACUCGGCAUUAAGCUCGCGCAUGAUGAGAAAGAUCUUGAGGGCAAGCCUCUAAUGAAGGUGUUCAUGAGGAAGUGGCUACCUGCUGGAGACACUAUGUUGCAAAUGAUUUGCAUCCAUUUGCCUUCUCCUGUCACCGCUCAGAAAUACAGGAUGGAGAUGCUUUAUGAGGGUCCUCAUGACGAUGAAGCAGCUGUUGCAAUUAAGAAUUGUGAUCCCAACGGGCCUCUGAUGAUGUACGUUUCGAAGAUGGUACCCACCUCCGACAAGGGGCGUUUUUAUGCAUUUGGGCGUGUGUUUUCUGGAAAAGUCGCUACCGGAAUGAAAGCACGUAUCCAAGGACCAAAUUAUGUUCCUGGAAAGAAAGAGGACCUAUACGAGAAAACUAUCCAAAGGACAAUUCUUAUGAUGGGACGUUAUAUCGAACCUAUCGAGGAUAUUCCAUCCGGAAACAUCGCAGGUCUUGUGGGUGUCGAUCAGUAUCUCGUCAAAGGAGGUACAAUAACCACUUUCAAAGAUGCUUACAACAUGCGUGUGAUGAAGUUCUCCGUGUCACCUGUUGUGCGUGUUGCCGUCGAAGCCAAGAAUCCCGCUGACCUACCGAAACUGGUUGAAGGACUGAAACGCCUUGCGAAAUCUGAUCCAAUGGUGCAAUGUAUUUUCGAGGAAUCCGGUGAGCACAUCAUCGCCGGUGCUGGAGAGCUUCAUCUUGAAAUAUGUCUGAAGGAUCUUGAAGAAGACCAUGCUUGCAUCCCAUUAAAAAAGUCCGACCCCGUUGUAUCAUAUCGAGAGACAGUUUCAGAAGAAUCCAGUCAAGUUUGUCUGUCGAAAUCACCAAACAAGCACAACCGUCUUCAUGCCACUGCAAAACCUAUGCCCGACGGUUUAGCCGAUGAUAUUGAGAACGGAACUGUCAACGCACGAGAUGAGUUCAAGGCUCGUGCCAAGAUUCUUGCUGAAAAGUAUGAUUAUGAUGUUACUGAGGCUCGUAAAAUCUGGUGCUUUGGUCCCGACGGAACAGGCCCCAAUAUUCUGGUCGACGUCACUAAAGGAGUUCAAUAUCUGAAUGAAAUUAAAGAUUCGGUCGUUGCUGGAUUCCAGUGGGCAACCAGGGAAGGAGUGUUGGCUGACGAACACAUGCGGGGAAUUCGGUUCGAUAUCCAGGAUGUGACACUUCAUGCUGACGCAAUCCAUAGGGGAGGCGGUCAGAUAAUUCCCACUGCUCGCCGUGUCAUCUAUGCUUCCGUGCUUACUGCUGCUCCUCGCCUCCUUGAGCCAGUCUAUCUCGUUGAGAUCCAGUGCCCUGAGGUUGCGGUCGGUGGUAUCUAUGGUGUGCUCAAUCGUCGAAGAGGACACGUGUUUGAGGAGUCUCAAAUUGCUGGAACUCCUAUGUUUGUCGUUAAAGCUUACCUGCCUGUAAACGAGUCAUUCGGUUUCACUGCCGAUUUGCGUUCAAAUACUGGUGGCCAGGCUUUCCCACAGUGUGUGUUCGACCAUUGGCAAGUUUUACCUGGAGACCCUCUUGAGGCUGGAACGAAGCCUAAUCAAGUCGUCAUUGAGACAAGGAAACGUAAAGGCCUCAAAGAGGGCGUGCCAGCUCUCGACAACUACCUUGACAAACUGUAA